AUGAAAGGAUUGCUUUCCCUUCAGCCGUUUCCCUCCUUGUCCACGUUUACCAAUCCCCCCCGUAGACCCUCCUCUUCUGCUCCUCUUCGUGCCCAACAGUCUGAAAUCACACAAGGUUCUGAUUCGGCACUGGAAGGUAGAGUAAGUGAGCUGAAGAUCGAUGAGAAAGAAGUCGGUAUGUACCAGAAUGAAGUCGUUGCUAGUCAGGGUAUAAGGAUAAGGAGAAGACCUCCCACCGGACCUCCCUUGCAUUACGUCGGACCUUUUGAGUUCCGCCUACAGAACGAGGGAAACACGCCUCGCAACAUCUUGGAAGAGAUCAUAUGGCACAAGGAUAAAGAGGUUUCUCAGAUGAAGGAGAGAAAGCCUCUCUAUACCCUCAAGAAGGCUCUCGAAAACGUUCCUCCUCCUAGAGACUUCAUUGCUGCUCUUCAAUCUGCCCGUCAAAGAACCGCCCUGCCUGCUUUGAUAGCUGAGGUUAAGAAAGCUUCUCCAAGCAGAGGAAUCCUGAGAGAGGAUUUUAACCCUGUUGAAAUCGCACAAGCUUAUGAGAAGGGCGGAGCAGCAUGUCUUAGCGUUUUGACCGAUGAAAAAUACUUCAAGGGAAGCUUUGAGAACCUGCAAGCAAUAAGGAAUGCUGGUGUCGAGUGCCCUUUGCUAUGCAAAGAGUUCAUUGUAGAGGCAUGGCAGAUAUACUAUGGUAGAAGCAAAGGCGCUGACGCAGUUCUCUUGAUCGCUUCUGUGUUACCUGACCUUGACAUCAAAUACAUGAUUAAGAUUUGCAAAAUACUUGGAAUGGCUACAGUUGUGGAGGUUCAUGAUGAAAGGGAGAUGGAUCGCGUUCUUGCAAUUGAAGGAGUUGAGCUUAUUGGCAUCAAUAACCGUAAUCUUGACACGUUUGAAGUAGAUAUUGGUAUUACAAAGAAGCUGCUCGAAGGAGAGCGUGGCAAACUGAUCCGUCAAAAAGGCAUCAUGGUGGUUGGAGAAUCCGGGUUGUUCACUCCCGAAGACAUUGCAUUUGUACAAGAAGCUGGUGUCAAAGCAGUUCUAGUCGGAGAAUCUCUUGUAAAACAAAGCGAUCCCGGGAAAGGAAUCAGCGCACUUUUUGGAAGAGAUAUCUCAGCAUGA